GAAGCUCUGCUAAUUUUUUUGUCCCCCAGAUCUCUCUCCCCGCGCGCGACGAGGACCGACGGACCGCCGGCGCUCUCGGAAUCUCGAUCGGUCCUUCUCCGAUUCCGAUUCGCGGCGGCUGCGCCUUUUCGAUCGGGAAAAGGGCCCUUGGCGAUCGCCUCCCGAUCGAUGCUUUUUGAUGGCCGAUCGCAUCCGCUCGCUUUACAGUUUUCCUGUUGUGGCUUGAAUGAAAAGGAAAUGAGCCUUCACAGGUGUGAGGAGAUGAGCAAAAGUAGUCUCGCUUUUGUUUUCCCUAAACGAAUGGACCACCUUCCUUAGGAGUAAGGAUGGACUUUCGAGACCAUUUCCUAUUCUCAAGUCUAAGCUGACUAGGAAGGAAUUGUCGGUGGACUUGGAAAUGCUUGUACGGGCCAAUCUGAAUGGGGUUCUGCUUGUAAAAGAUCUAGUUCUCUUGUAAUGCAAUCGGCUAAUGAGACAAGGGAGAAGAAGUUGAAGAGAUUCGGGUCAUUCUGCAAUAUGCCUCUAACUGACAGCACAGCUGCACAAGCAAUUGACGACUGUCUUCUUUUCCCGGUCGAGGAAAUAGUACAAUAUCCCUUGCCUGGAUAUGGUGUACCAACGUCAAUCACUUUCAGCCCUGAUGAUACUCUCGUCGCUUAUUUGUUCAGUCCUGAUCAGACUUUAAAUAGGAAGGUUUUUGCAUUUGAUCUCAAGAGUAGCAAGCAAGAUUUAUUUUUCAGUCCCUCAGAUGGUGGGCUUGAUGAGAAUAACAUUUCUCCAGAAGAAAAGUUGAGAAGGGAGAGAUUGAGGGAGCGUGGUCUGGGAGUAACACGAUACGAAUGGAUUAAGACAAACUCAAAGAAGAAGGCGCUUAUGGUGCCUUUGCCAGCCGGGGUUUAUAUUCAGGAUCUCUCUAGCUCAAAACCAGAGCUUAAGCUUCCAAGCGCAUCAUCCUCACCGAUUAUUGAUCCACACAUCUCUCCAGAUGGUACCAUGAUUUCUUUUGUUAGAGAUAGAGAAUUGCACAUUCUAAACCUCCUACACAACGAACAAUGUCAGCUAACUGAUGGUGCCAUUGAUAAUGCUAUGACUCAUGGGCUCGCUGAGUACAUAGCUCAGGAAGAGAUGGAUCGUAAAAAUGGGUACUGGUGGUCACUGGACAGCAGGUUCAUUGCAUUCACAGAAGUUGACACUUCUAACGUACCUUUCUUCAGGAUAAUGCAUCAAGGUAAAAGCUCAGUGGGUCCAGAGGCACAAGAAGAUCAUGCUUACCCCUUCGCAGGAGCUGUAAAUGUUAAAGUUCGUCUUGGGGUAGUUUCCUCUAGUGGAGGUCCUGUUACUUGGAUGGAUCUUCAAUGUGGAGGAACAAAUGAGUUAGACAAUGAGGAGGAAUAUUUGGCCCGAGUCAACUGGAUGCAUGGAAAUAUUCUGACUGCUCAGGUCUUAAACAGGUCACAUAGCAAAUUGAAGAUGCUUAAGUUUGAUAUUAAGACGGGCCAAGGAAAAGUUGUACUGGUGGAAGAACAGAGUACAUGGAUUAACUUGCAUGACUGCUUCACUCCUCUAGACAAAGGAAUAGCCAAAUUUUCUGGGGGAUUUAUAUGGGCGAGUGAAAGAACGGGAUUUAGACAUCUUUAUUUGCACGACUCGAAUGGGACUUGCCUAGGACCUAUCACGGAAGGUGACUGGAUGGUUGAGCAACUUGCAGGUGUAAAUGAAGCUGCAGGACUUGUAUACUUUACAGGAACUCUAGAUGGACCCCUGGAACAGCACUUAUAUUCAACUAAACUUUUCCCAGACAAGAAUAGUCCUGUGCCAGCUCCAAAGAGAUUAACCAAUGGAAAAGGAAAACAUGUGGUUGUGCUUGAUCAUCACCUGCGGAAUUUUGUUGAUAUUCACGAUUCUCUCACUUCUCCCCCUAGGGUGUCACUGUGCUCCUUGCAUGAUGGCAACAGAAUGUUGCCAGUGUAUGAGCCUCCAUUGACCAUACCAAGGUUGAAAAAGCUGCAGCUUGAGCCUCCAGAGAUCAUGCAAAUACAGGGAAAUGAUGGGACUGUGCUAUAUGGAGCUCUGUACAAACCUGAUGUAGCAAAAUUUGGACCCCCACCUUACAAGACCAUGAUAGCUGUGUAUGGAGGCCCAUGCGUACAAUUUGUCUGUGAUUCAUGGGCAAAUGCAGUUGACAUGAAGGCACAGUAUUUGAGAAGCAAAGGCAUCUUAGUUUGGAAGUUAGAUAACCGAGGCACCGCUAGGCGUGGUCUGAAGUUCGAAGGUGCUCUUAAACAGAACUUUGGCCACAUUGACGUCGAGGAUCAGGUGUCCGGAGCCGAAUGGCUUGUCAAAGAAGGGCUAGCUCAAGCCGGUCGGAUCGGAAUAUAUGGUUGGAGUUAUGGUGGGUAUCUAUCUGCCAUGGCAUUGGCCAGAUGUCCCGACGUCUUCUGCUGCGCCGUGUCCGGUGCCCCGGUGACAUCCUGGGACGGAUACGACACGUUCUACACCGAGAAGUACAUGGGGCUUCCUUCCGCUAAUCAGGAAAGCUACAAAUCCAGCUCGGUCAUGCAUCACGUGGACAACAUGACAGGGAGGCUACUGUUGGUCCACGGCAUGAUCGACGAGAACGUGCAUUUCAGGCACACGGCCCGGCUGGUGAACGCGCUCGUCGAGGCGGGGAAGCGGUACGAGCUAUUGAUCUUCCCGGACGAGCGGCACAUGCCGCGGCGGCGGAGGGACCGGAUCUACAUGGAGGAGAGAAUCUGGGAGUUCAUUGAGAGGAGCCUGUGAAGUAUCAUUUUUCUUUUUCCCCCUUUAAAUUCUUGUUCAUCUUCUUUUCUUCGUUGCUCACUGAAGGCGAAUGGUAGCAGAGUUUCUCU